ACAUUAUAUACCAUGUGGACUACAGUGUUAUUGUAUGCGUGUGUGCGUGCGUGCAUGUACGUGUGUGCGCACCGUAGAAAGACAGUAGUUGCCAUGGCAACUGUAAACGUAGAGUUUCUCAACAACAGCCGUUAGUUUCAUGUACGUCGAAAAACUAGCAUCAUACCCGAGGAGCGUUUUCCCUUCUCAGGCGGCUUUCCUCGCAAUAAUGGACGAUGAACCUCGUCUAUCGGGGACAUCAGAGGUGGUCCCUCUUGCUUUUCCCAAAGGAGAAGCAAAGUUGUGUGAACUUUGUCAAGGAGAAGCGCGCCUGCGAUGCACCAGCUGUCGGGUGACCUUUUACUGUAACGCAGAGCACCAGCAGGCUGACUGGGUGGGGAUCCAUGCGAUAGUCUGUCAGUUGCUGGUCCCCAUUCGCACCUCGACACUCGAUGGUCUCCAGCAGGAUGGCCAGAGUCUAACAAAUCUUAAUAAGGUGAAGCUGAUUGAGACGUGCAGGUGGGUGGCUCAGAGCAAGCUGGCUGAAGGGAAGCACCAGGAGGCUCUGCCCGCCGCGCAGCUCUGCCUGCGCUCCUCCAAGGACUUCCAUGGCGCCAGGGCCGUCCAAGUGGUCCCGGCCUACCUGCUGCUGGCUGAGGCUAACCUCGGUUUGGGUAACCUCACCCAGGUGAAAGAGCUCCUGUCGCUCGCGGAGUGGGCGGUGUUGAAGAGUCCAAAACCCUCAGUGCACCAUCAGCUGCACAGGAUCCUGGGCCGCCUCCACACAGCGACUGGAGACCCGGAAGCGGCUCUGUUUAACUUUGCAAACGACAUAUACCUUUCCAGUGAGGUAUAUGGCCUGGACAGCACAGUCCCCUGUGGUGGCUACUUUCUCAUGGCCGAUGUGUUUGCCAAAAAGGGCAAGGUGCCCAUCACUCGUUCCUUGUACUCUAAGGUGACACAAACAUGGCACUGCCAUUUGACCAAACUCCUCAAAACCGACGCCCCAAAUGUCCAAAUUCCCGGCAGGUGGUUGGAGCCUUCCUAUGACAAAGCCCAAAGAGUCGAAGCGCAGAAUAUGUUGGAAACCAUGUUGGAGUUUGAGCAAAACUUCUCCAGAACAGACCCAGGUCAGAUCGCACUGGUGGCCCACUGCCUGGCCAUGCUGUGGUUCCUCAAAGGAGACUCCCUGAAGGCCCGGAGCUUCGGCAGCACAGCCCUGGAGGCCAGUCACCUGAUACCGGACCAUGACCUGACAGAACCCAUCCAGGGCCUGCUGCAGCUGGUGCAGAGUCUGCAGGCAGAAUCGCCCCCUGGUUCGGACUAGUCACAGCACCCGCCCCGCCGAUCCUGCCAAUCACACCUAGGCUUCGCCGGGGAGCCUCUUUCGCCCGGCAAGAACUCACACCGGGACAAAUGUUGAAACCGAUUCAUUAGUUGGGACUUUUGGUGUGAUUUAGGAUUUAUCCAAAUGUUGUCAUUUGUAUGUGGAUGAUGCAAACAGAAAUGGUGCUUAUUAACGUACCUUUGAAAAACAAGUAAAAACAUUUUCAUGUGGAUAUAAGGACACAGCUCUUUCAUUGGUUUUGAAUCACUUGUCUUUAUUUGAUUCUAAAAAAAAAGAUAUAAAUUUACAUCAUAAUGCACGUUUGUAAAUAACAUGAUUUUGGGAAUCAUUUUGGAACACUGUCAGAAUGAUACAGAACAGGAUCAUGGAGUCAUCAUCGAUUCACCAUCUUAUGC